ACGCAACACAAGCGCGCAAGAAAAUAAAUUUAAAAUACAAUUACGAUCGUUUGGAGCUUAACACAUGUAAACUCAACACAAAAAGCUAAUAUUAGGCUCAUAACACUUAUUGUUUUGAAAAGUAUCAGAAUACCAAUUUGUUUGACUGUUCCAAUUUAUGACUUUCCCAAUCUAAUCGCGAUUUAUCGGAGUUACGGUGCGUUACAUGCGAGAUUAUUAAAUGACUCACUCACGAUAAUUACCCCUGCGAACGAUAUGUGUACACAACAUCACCCUGGCCGCACCUAUUCUCAUCACUAGUACAGACAAGAAACUCCAAGUUGCACGACCAUGCUGCCCAUCCGUGCGGCGUUCGCAAGAGCCAACGUGUUUACGGCGCACCGUUCCCCGGCCGGUGCAGCCAUCGUUCGUUUCAAAGCAACCCUUCCGGUUGUGAGCGGCGGCCAACCACCAGACCCGUUACCAUAUUCACCGUUCGGAGCGAAACAAUCGAACACCGCCGAAUGGACCGUGGCCCGUUUGGAUGAUUUGCUAAACUGGGGCCGCAAAGGAUCAAUGUGGCCGACAAUGUUCGGCCUGGCGUGCUGUGCUAUGGAGAUGAUGCAAGCGGCCGCUCCACGUUACGAUAUCGAUCGGUUUGGCGUACUGUUCCGUGCCUCCCCCCGGCAGACGGAUUUCAUCAUUGUGGCCGGCACGCUGACGAACAAGAUGGCACCGGCGCUACGCAAAAUUUACGACCAAAUGCCCGAACCAAGGUGGGUUAUUUCGAUGGGCAGUUGCGCCAACGGUGGCGGCUACUAUCACUACUCGUACUCGGUGGUGCGUGGCUGCGAUCGGAUCAUACCGGUCGAUAUCUACGUUCCAGGAUGUCCACCGACGGCCGAGGCACUAAUAUACGGAGUGCUGCAAUUGCAGAAGAAGGUUAAACGCAUGAAAACGGUACAAAUGUGGUAUCGUAAGUAAUUCUGCGUUGUUUCUCGUUAAGUAGAAGUAUUUUUUAAAUGUAAGUGUUAGAGUUAACUGAUAUAAACAUUUCGGUACUCGGGCAAGUGUGGGUUAGUGGGGAAUCGCAUAUGAAAACUAUCGCAUCAUGUUUAAAAGUUCAAAAAGAUACUCACAAACACCAGGCCUCCCGGACAUGAUGAGGCAAUAUUUGGGGAAGCUAAAUAUAGAAUGUUUAGAUAAACUCCAACCGUGCCGUGCACAUGCUUCCUUCUCUUUGUGUGUCAUUCGUUAAAGUUUAUUUGCACCUGAACUUCAAGGUCGGUACGCACAUUUCGAACAAAUGCAAUGGAAUUACGAUAACUGAGAUUAGUAGGUGAUAAUAGCAGAUAAAAAUUGGCAUUCCUCCUUAUGAAACUGUUUUAAUUUAAACAUGUAGGUGCUUUAAGGAGUUGGAAAGUUUUAUGCAUUGAUCUUUAACCAUCAAGCGAAAAAGCAUUUCUAAUCUAAAAUGUAAUUCCUUGUGACACACUUUUCUGACUAAUCCUAUUCCUUACUAUAUUCCAGCAGUUUCGAAUUCUGCGGUAACGUGUAUGAGUAUUCGCUUACAUUUAUAGUUGGUAAUAUUAUAUGUGUCGUAUAUCUUUCAAAUCACUGCAUGUGUAAGCCUUUGAAAGUAUUAAUAAAAAUUCAAUAAACGGAUCAUUAAUAUUA